AUGUCAGACGGUGCUGGUACUCCCACACCAUACUCCCCAUUGCACCAUGAGCACGACGACAACAGACACAGGGUAGGUUCCUCUUACCAGGCAAUCCCGAUUCCGGACCGUUCGGCAAGAAAGUCUCGGUCCCAUUUCUUUUCUUCAGUGGCGUCGCCUGGGAAUAUAAACUCAUUGGCUGCGUUUGCCAACUCCUACCAGAGAGCCCAGUCUUUCCGUUCGAUUUCGAUCGAGCCGAGAAUCACCGCCUCGAGAUCCUACUUCAAGGAUGACGAGGAGCUCAUCGAUCCAAGCACUUUUGCACCAUCGCCAAUGGGGAGGAAGAUAUCCACGGUGUUUGCGGUCAGACCGUAUACCCACAGCCCAAACACUACCUUUGACGAGGCCGCAAUAGACGACCAGCAUUCGUUCCUGGACCAUUCGUUCACUGACUACGUAGCCUCUAGACAACCCUCCUUUGCAUCCUCUAUUUUUCCGCCGCCCGGGAGUGGGCUUUCACGGGCACUUUCAGAUGAGGUUGGCUCGGUGGUUCUCAGACAGGUCGAAACGCACGACGGUACCAAGUUGACGAUGUUGGCUCCUCAGUCGACUAUUCCACAGACCAUUUUCAACUGUAUCAAUGCUCUCAUAGGUAUAGGUCUAUUGGCAUUGUCAAGAGCCAUGGUGCAUGCCGGGUUGUAUUGCGGUACGGUGUUGAUCAUAUAUUCCGUCGCAAUUACCUACUGGACUGCUACCCUCCUAUCGGACUGUAUGGACACCGACCCAUCCAUCUGCACCUAUGCUGAUAUAGGAUAUAAAGCCUACGGGCCAAAAGCAAGGCUUUUCGUUUCUCUGCUUUUCACAAUCGAACUUCUUGGUGUCGGUGUCUCGUUGAUGGUUUUGUUUGCCGACUCAUUGCAUGCACUUUUUCCAGAGAUAUCCUUGAUUCAAUUCAAGUGGAUUGCAUUUGUCAUAUUGACCCCUUUCUCCUUCUUUCCUUUGCGUGUCUUGUCUCACAUUUCUUUGAUCGGUAUCAUUUCCACCAUCUCGUUGGUUUUCCUUAUAUUCUUCUGUGGUAUCAUCAAGAAGACAGCACCUGGGUCUUUGAUCGAUCCGGCAUAUACAAGCUAUUACCCUGCAUCCGCUCUCAGCUUAUUUGUCUCCUACGGUAUCAUUUUAGGACCAUUUGGUUCACACUCUCUUUUCCCAGCGUUGAAAGCAGACUUAGUAUCCCCUCACAAAUUCAAAUCUUGCCUUAAAACAACUUACUCUGUGGGUUUCUUCGCUGAUGCAUCCAUGGCUUACCUUGGUUUUUUCAUGUUUGGUGCUGGCCUCCUGAAUGAAAUAACACAAUCCGUCCUUUUGACUACAGGCUAUCCUAAGUUUGUUUACUUUCUGGCAAGUGUCUUUGUCUCAUUAAUUCCAGUUGCAAAGACUCCAAUCAAUGCAUUGCCUAUUAUCAACAUUACCGAAUUUUUGUUCAAUAUAACACCUCAGCAACUUGAAUAUGCAGGAAAACCCGAGACAUUGAGAACUAAAUUUGCGAGUGCUUUGAUAAAAAUUGGUGUCAAUUUGACUUUUGUCGUACUUGGAAUACUCUAUCCCGAGUUUGAUAAAAUCAUUGGUUUGAGUGGUUCCUCAUUGUGUACACUAAUCUGUAUCAUAUUACCAUGUGCGUUCUAUUUGAAAUUGUGCAAACCUCGAAACAAAUGGUUUUACUAUUUAGUAAUGGUGGUAGCCUUGAUCUUGGGUGUCGUCGGCACUGUAUCUGCAUUCCUCAUAUAA